AUGAUACAAAUGCUUAGAUUACAACUCUGUUCCCUCAAGGCUCGACUAUCAGAGAGAGGGCCUCCGCCCGCGGCUCGGCUCGCGGCUGCUGUCGCGACGAUGCAAACGUGUAUUAGAUCGCGCCUUCACAACUUUGCUUCAGAACUUGGUCGUAUACGACGAUUGCUCGCGAUGUUCUGCACUGUUGCUGAUCAAUACGCGGAUGGUCAGCACGUACACGACGGGCUCUUGGGCGACAGUGGCGGCGAACUGGAUGAGCUGCAAUGCUGGCAACAGGACCUCGGGGGCCCCUGGCCCAGUAGCGACUGCAGCGACGGCGGCGACGACAGCGCCUCUGAACCGGCCCCGCUCUCCGCUUGUCCGUCGGCUCCAUCUCCAGCGGUGGUAGAACACCAGCAGCAUCAAAACCAGCAGCAUCAAAACCAGCAGCAGUACCACCACUCAUUAAUGCAGGCCGCCCAGCAACCUGCACCGUUGCCACAGCAAAUUACACCGCUACCACAGCACGGUGUCUGUGCCAGGGGUUCCGGAACUAGUGAUCAAUCGGGGAUGCAUCACGCAUACGACGGGAUUGUUACCGACAGUGGCAGCGGUGUGCAUGAACAUCAACGGCAGCAGGAGGCCCUCGUGGGCGGCCGAUGGCGCCAAUACGAGCAACUGCAGCAACCACAGCCGGAGCUCCUGAGAGCAGAUAAGAUCUUCAGUAAUGGCGGUUGGCUUACACUACCAUGGCAGCCGCUGGUGCAGCCGCUGCAGCCCCAGCCGCUGCCUUCCGUGUUUGUGCCCUCCACACAAUUUACUCUGCCAUUCUGCACCGGCAGCCGGGCUGUAACCAGCUCAACUCAACAGUUCGUGCAACAGCAGCCGGGGGUCCCCAAUGUCCGGGGCGGCGGUAACGGCAGCAACGCUGUCGUCAGCACCCCAGACUCUCGAGCAGAAGCGCCGUCGGCCUGCAUGGAUGAAACUGCUCCCAAGCACAAUGAUGCCGCUGCUGGCGGCGGCCUCUGCGGCAUCGGCGGCGACACAGGUAUCCCGGCACGGGACCAUAUCAUCUGUGCCAGUCCUGACGCAAGCGCCGAGUCCGCCAGCGGUUACGAUUAUGGUGGCAUAGCUGACGGCAGUGAUGAAGAUGGCUGUGGCGAGAGCAGCCGUGAUGGUGACGACGACAUCGAAGAGCUCGUCAGGAAUCCCGAUGAUGCGAACACGGAUACGAGCGGCCCCAGCCCGAGGACUCGGAAGAAGACCGCCGGAACCAGCUCUAACUUUAAGGGUGUUAGCAGGCAGGUGCUAAAAGUGCUUAAUUGCAUGCCCCGGGCUAACGAUGAGGGCGGAUUAAGCACUUUGUGUUGGCGUGCAUUCGGGAGGCACCGGCACACGAACAAGUGGGAGGCCCACCUCUGGGACUCGACGGCGAUCCGCAAGAAGAGCCAGUCGAUGAAGAGGGCUAGGGGCAAGCAGAUCUACUUGGGAUCUUACGAGACGGAGCUGGAGGCGGCAAGGGCAUAUGACAUUGCGGCUAUCGUGUUCUGGGGGAGCCGUGCCAACACCAAUCUUCCGCUGGAGUUCUACAGUGAGGAAAUUGAGUCGCUGUCCAAGAUGAGCAAGGAGGACGUGGUAAACAUGCUUCGGCGGCAAAGUAGCGGUCUCAGCCGGGGAGGGUCCAAGUACCGAGGAGUAACUCCGCACCGUCUGGGGGGUACCUAUGAGGCGCGGAUUGCCUGCCUGUACUUGGGAUGCUUCGGGACGGCGGAGGCGGCUGCCAUGGCGUACGACUUCGCCGCCUUGCACCGCGAAGGUCUGAACGCCAUGACAAACUUCGACCCUCGGCGUUACAUUGAGGAGGGCGUCACCACACGCACCUUGCGCACGUUCGCGUUGCUUCCGGAGGCGGUCAAGUCAGGCUUCGCUAAAAACAUCAAGACGGCUCUGGGGCCUGAACAAUCGUUGGCAACUGCCAACGGCCAAGAGACUUGUUGUGGCAUGGACAUGGGCGGUGAUGACCAAGCGGCUGCCUCCAAGCCGAUGGGUGUGUCGUCGGGCAUGCAGGCGUGGAAGCGGCAGCGGACGGAGCUGGCGCAGCCGCCGGCACCAGAGCUACAGUCCAUGCUGCGGCCGCAAGUCGAUGUACGACAGGAACUACCGCCGAGUUUCCUUAACCCCGGGCAAGAGCUGCAGCAUCCACCUCAGUUGAGCUACAGCAGCGCCGCAGCUUUGGAGGUGUCCCUGAUGGUGGACGGGCUGCCGCCGCCUGCGGAACCUGCCGCCGCCACCGCCGCCGCCGCUGCACCUGUAGUGGACGCUCCGUACCUUACUUUGGUUGCGCAGAAGGCGGCCAACGCUACCGGUGAACUCUUCAUCCGUGAAAUCCCGUCCGGCCCUACAAACAAAGCAAGUGAUAAAAGGGAACGAUUGAGUUGCGGUGGGACCACAUACGUUCCAGCAUCUAUAGCCAGACGUUCAGGUUCCCACUUCAUAGCGAUGGUGCUUAUGGGCAAUCUGGCAGCCCUUGAGCCCUCGGCUCGUACUGGCCAGUUUGCGGGCUACGGCACGCCCACGACCAUGUCGCAGACAACAUUCCGCAACCAGUACCUUCCGCAUUGA